GGCUGCGCUUGACGUCACGGAGCAGAAAGCGAGAGCUGUGUGUUGAAGAAGCAAGCAAGCAAGCAAGCAAACAAGCAAGCAGAGGCAGGAACACAGACGCAGCCUCCUUUCGCCGCAUAAAGUGAACAGAAAUCUGUUACGUUUGGGAGAGCUCCAAUGCCUGGUCCCACCCAAGCACUGUCCCCAAAUGGCGAGAACAACAACGACAUUAUCCCGGACAACGGUACCAACGUUAUCCCUUUCAGAAAACAUACGGUGCGAGGGGAGCGCGCCUACAGCUGGGGAAUGGCAGUCAAUGUGUACUCUACCUCAAUAACCCAGGAGACUAUGAGCAGACAUGACAUCAUAGCAUGGGUCAAUGACAUACUCUGUUCAAACUACACUAAAGUUGAACAGCUUUCUUCAGGCGCAACUUACUGCCAGUUCAUGGAUAUGUUGUUUCCGGGCUGCAUCAGUCUGAAGAAGGUCAAAUUCCAGGCCAAGCUGGAGCAUGAGUACAUUCACAAUUUUAAAUUGCUGCAGGCCUCCUUCAAAAGGAUGAAUGUUGAUAAGAUUAUUCCAGUAGAGAAGCUGGUAAAAGGUCGAUUCCAAGACAACCUGGACUUCAUCCAGUGGUUUAAGAAGUUUUUUGACGCUAACUAUGAUGGCAAAGAGUACGACCCGCUACAAGCCAGGCAAGGCCAAGACGCCACCCCGCCCCCAGACCCUGGCGAGCAGAUCUUCAACCUGCCCAAAAAGCCUCACCAUGCAAACUCUCCGACAGCAGGUGCUGCUAAAUCCAGUCCAGCAACUAAGCCCUCAACACCGUCAUCCAGGCCCUCGUCUGCUAAAAGGACACCAGCAACGGCAGUGCCUGCAAAGGAUGAGAAAGAAUUGGAAGCGCAGGUCACGCAGCUCAGUGAACAGGUAAAUUCAUUAAAAGCUGCAAUUGAAGGUGUGGAGAAGGAGAGGGAUUUCUACUUUGGAAAGCUGAGGGAGGUUGAGCUAAUCUGCCAGGAACAGGGACAGGACAGUGCCCACCUUGUCGAACGAUUAAUGGAAGUCCUCUACGCUGCAGAUGAGCAGGAAGGGCCAGGCGAACCCCACGAAGACCCGGAGCAGCCGGCUCACGAGGAGGUCCAGCAGCAGGAGGAGUACUGACCGGAACACUUCACAAUCGCAGUGUUGACUUUGUGAGAACUCCUUUUUUAUUUUUGAUUUGUUCCUGAAGAACAAGAACAUGUUGCCUCGAGGAGGAGGGGGUUACUUCAAAUUCACUGUUUUAACACCGUUUAUUCAUGUGCUGUAGCGAGAGCCAGGGAAAUACUGAAUAAAAUUUCCAUUGGUUCUGCAAGACGCAGCAACCAUCUUUCAGUGAGGCAUACUGAGUGUUUUUCUAGGACUAUGUCACUUAACCACUCCACUGAGGAGCAGAUUUGUUCAGAGCUGGGGUAAGGGGCUAGGGGUUUUCAAGGGUAGAUCAAAUGUAUUGUCAAUUUGUACAUAACCUGCAUUAGUGCCAUAUUAUAGUGAAUACUCUACACACUCCUUUUAAGAAGACAUUUGGGAACCUUUUACGAAACCUUUUAAGAGAAUAGCUACACGUUUUUUGAUAGUCUAGUUCUAGUUUUAUUUUUUAAUGAAAGUCUAACAGCUUAAAUACAGAACAUGCAUCCAUCUUUAGCACUUAAUUUAAAUUCACAAGAAAUACAUACAUAUUUUUUUUUUUUUAAAUCAUGCUCUGAAGAAAUCUGCUGCAGCCAAGUGGCUAUACUAGUGAAGUUGUGUAAGAGAUCCACUUAUUUGUAAAUUUGUAAUCACAGUUCCAGGGAAAUAAACUACAGAUGAAUUCACAUAGUGAUUGGACAGAACACCGUAUUCCAGUACUAAUUUGUUUUUGUUUUUUUUCUAAUUAUGCAUUUGCUAUUACUUCUACUAAAUAGCUCACCAUCAUGCUUUGUUAUAUAUUACAUGUAAACUGAAAAGGAAUGUAAACAUAUGUACUGUUUAUAGUUAUAAAUAGCAAAGAAGAAAAAUGUGUUGCGGGUUAAUUAGAUGCAAGAAAUGUGUUCUUCAGAUGUAUUUCACGCAUUACAUUUCCCACAGUUUGUUGCAUGAUAGGGUAGAAUUUUGACUUUUGAGUAUGUGAAUAACUUGACCUGCUUUUUAUCUUUUUACAUAUUUAAUAAAAACAUUAUAUGUUAAGUGAGACGCGUUUUAUAAAUGUCAGCCCACAAUUUUAUUUUUAUUUUGUAUUAUUAUUUGGGAUUGGUGGAGAUGUUUAUAUACUAAGCUACUGCUAAAGUAUAAUGUUUUUUUUUUCAAAUCGAUUUGCCCUAUCCUUGCAAAACCUGUUUUGCAAUAAUUGAUUAAAUAAAUUACACCAGACACUAGUGCAGUGUUAAACUAUUAGACAUAAAUACUAGAGCUAAUGUAUUACUUAAUUAAUAAAACCCUGAUUUUUGUAAUGCCAUACUCAGUCUGAGGAUUACACUCUAUAAUGUAUGUGUUCAGUCAGUAUUUCUCUACAGAAACAAUGACACAUUUUCUUAAACCAAAUAUAAGGUAUAAAUAUAAUUCUAUUUGAAAACAAAAACAUGGCAUCUUCUUUUGUCUGUUUUUCUUAAUUAUGCCUUUUUCGUUUUGUUGUGAAAGGUUCAACAUGUAACUUUUUAUUGUAUUUAUUUUUUUAUUAUACAGAUAUCAAUAGGUAAAGAUGUUUCUGUAUUCUCUGCUUACUAUAGUAUUACACUUUAUACACUCAGAAAACACACGGAUUUGGAAGGGGAUUCUUUUUUUUUUUUUCAAGACUUGUAGUCUUCCAGACUCUGCAAAGUUUAUACUGUGUGACAACUCCAAUGUAAUUUGUAUGUCUGAAGCAAAACAGUGUUUUAAUAUAUGCAGCACUGCUGAGGUUGGUUACAAUAAAACUUAAUGAGACCAGUGA